UCUAUAUAUUUGUAUUUUUAUAAAAACUAUAACAAUAAUUUAUAAUAAUAAUAUAUUUAUUUAUUUAUUUAUUAAAUAAUGAAUAGUCUCAAUUUAAAUGGAGGGCAUCCUGGAUAUUCUAUAGACAAUGUUGUACUUAGGGGUAAUGAUUUCAAAUAUACAUUUUCAUUGCCCAGCAAAGAACAAAUUUUAAAUUUAAAGCAAGGUGACUUGGUAAAAUUAAUCUUUAGUGAAAAUAAUCAAGCCGAAAGAAUGUGGGUUGAGGUAACAGAUAUUUAUACAAGUGAUGAAAUAUUCCAUAGUGAAGCAACUGGUGGCAAUUCAACCAAUUUCCAUGAUAGUGACUUUGAUGAGGGUAGUAGUGGAGAGUCUAGUACCCACAAAGAUGAAAAAAACAAACUUGUAAAUAGUCAAUCCUCAAACAAGAGUAAUGGUAGCCCAACCAACAGUACCAAUGGCGGUCUUGACAGUAGUAUCAAUUUAAAUAAUCGCACAAGUAACAUUAAUAAAAGUGGUGGUCUCUCCAGCUCAAAUUUAAUCAAUACCAAUCUCAAUAAUAACAAUACUUUUAUUAAAUUUGAAGGUGUAUUAGAUAAUAACCCAUACCAAUUGAAAUCAUUAAAACUUGGUGACAAAGUCGAGUUUUUUGACUACAAUAUCCUUUGCAUCUACAAUCAAAACAACCAAUACAAUCACCCAGAUCUCGAAACUGUGCCAUUGGCAAUUAAACAAAUGUUUGAUCAAUUAUGUUUAGUCAGUAAUCGUAUUCUUGUCGACAAAGAAAACAUUGGGUAUAUUUUCAGAGAAAAGCCAACAUUCACAAAUGAUUCAGGUUGGAGAAUUUUUGAAGGUGAUGAACCUGAUGACUAUAUGAACAAAAGAGAAAACUAUCAAUUGGUUACCAUCGCAAGUGUUUUAAAUAUUGAUGAUUCAAUUUUAUUAUUGUUGGGCGCCUCAUUUGAUCGUCACUUUGAAUUAGACAGUGAUUCUCAGUGGAAAGAAUUGGUCGAAAAGUAAAAAAAAAAAAAAAAAAGAAAAAAACAAUCUUUUAAUAAUGAAUUUGAUUGUUUUUUUUCUUUGUGUACAUAAAAAUUAUUAAAAACAGCAAAAAACUUUUAAAUAAAUUUAUUUUUUUU